ACAACCACCGCCUCCCAAACCGGGUUGAUGUACCUCGUCCAAAGCUAUGGCUCUGACCAUAGAAUUUCUUGCUAGCGCGAACUGAUCAGCCUCAUCAAUCAAGUAACUGAUGCCAGUCCACGCUCGAUACAAUAAGGCAAUUAGGGUGGUAAAUUGCCAGAAGCUGCCGAUCUGCCGCGGACGGUAUGAUCAAUCUUGCUCUACCUGGAAGUUUUCGAAGCAUAAGGGGAGACAGGGAGAGCACCGCGCAUCAGUGACGGGGCUGAAGUAGUUUCGCUAGCGCCGGGACGCUCCGCAUUGUACAUUUUCCAGAUCCUACACGAGAACCUUUCUCUUCCACCCAAAUCGUUAUUGGGGAACGUGAAGCAUGCUCACCGAGCACUUCAUCGCCUCUAUAGGUGUGCCUGAGAAGCCACCAGGUACUAACGUAGCGAAAGAUGCGGCCAUCUUUCUCCACGAAUUCCAGCCGCUGGCACAACAGCGAGCCAUCUUCAAGAAAAGCGCCACUCCAGCCAACUGCCUCGCAGUAAGCGAGUCCCAUAUCUUCGCCGCGCAAUCGGACAAGGCUGUUGUUCAUGUCUACAACAGACUGAAGGGCAACCAAGAAGCUACUGUGCCGUUCACGGAACGGGUUACCUGCAUUGCCUUAGCCUGCGACGACACAGUCCUUGUGCUGGGUACAGCAGAAGGCAGGAUCUUCCUGUGGGAGACACACUCUGGUCGACAGGUUACUACGGUACAGUCACAUCUCCAGAAGGUCACCGCGCUUGCGGUCGACGCCAGCUCGAACUUCCUGCUCUCCGCUUCAGCGGACUCUACUGUCCAAGUCUGGUCCCUACCUGGCCUUCUUUCAUUUGCGAACGUUGGUGCGCAGGGUCUAUCACCCUUACGCACAUUCGCAUCCCAUCGAACGGAAGUGACGGCCGUUACUGUCGGACAUAGCGUAAGCUUCAGCAACUUUGCAGUCUCUGCUGCGAGAGAUAGGACUUGCUUGUUGUGGGACUUCCAUACAAAUACUGUUCUACGUACCUAUCUACUUUCAUCGCUACCACUAUGCAUCACUCUCGACGCCGCUGAUAGAGCUGUCUACCUCGGCUGCGAUGACGGGAGUGUGCAGCAGCUCGACCUUUACCGGCAGGGCCACUCAACGUCGGCUGUGCAGGGUGGAGAGAAGGCUUCUGUACCUAUUCAGCCAGCUGCAUCUUCGCGCUGGAGACAGCCCGACGCGCUGAAAGGUGCAGCGCUAAGCGUCAGCCUGUCAUUCGACAGCAGCACUCUGCUCACGGGCCACCAGUCUGGAAGCGUAGUGGCUUGGGAUGUUGCAACUGGCAGGGCACAGACAAAUCUUAUGCAGAACCCUCUGCCAGGUCCCGUAACCAACUUGUGCUUCCUGCCGGUUACUGGCUUCGCGUACCAGGAAACCAAGCGGGUGAAGGUAACGUCAGUGAUGAAGCCGAAGUUUGGCGCUUUCGACAGUGCAGCUGGUACUGUACCCGGCAAUUACGCGAUCAACGUCGAGCUCACAGGGUCAGAUCUCGGUGCUGAGGAGACCUUAUGGCAGCAAGCACUCACCGCUCCGUCCUUCCCGCAGGCUCUGCUUGAUGAAGGUCUAGGUGAGCUGGCUUCUUGGUCUCUCGCGCCAGAGCGUCAUGUCAGUGCCGCCGCGCCUGAUGAAACCGAAGACUUUAUGGCGCUGGAUGGAGACUCUAACAAGCGUAAAGAGCCUACUCUCGAGGAGCAGAACGCUGCGCUGAGGGCACAGAUUGAAGCGCUACGAAGGCUGCAGACGGCCAGCUUCGACAGGAUUGACAAGAUCAAUGCGGAAAGAAAGGCGCUAAUACAGCGCGAGCAUGCCCGCUUGAUGCGCGGAGGUGAAGCGCAGCCGAACGGAGUUGAUGGUAACAGUUACGAUGAGUCUGACGAUGGUGACUGAUUGGACUCUCGCGGUCUGAGAGAGCAAGCCUUGGGCAUGCAUGAAGUCUUGGUGAUGCUGAGUCGUCUCAAAGGACCAGGGGUCGAG